AUGAGCAUUCAACACAUCUCGGAUGCCAAGCAGCUUGACGGCAUCUUGGCCAAGUCGAAGGACAAGUUGUCCCAAUACCCCGCUGCGAACUUCCUCAAGGUGGAUGUGGACCAGGCGCCAGAUGUGUCCGGGAGAUAUCGGGUGACCGCCAUGCCCACCUUCGUCUUCUUGAAGGGUACAUCUGAGGUGGAUAGGAUCCGGGGUGCGAACAAGGGUGCGCUCGAGGACGCCGUGAAGCGGCACUCGUCGGCAGGCAGUGGUUCCUCGGAGUCUUUCUCCGGACGCGGCCAUACUCUCGCAGGUGGUUCGUCAGGCAGGAGCGGGGCUGCAGGUGGAGAGACACCAGGGGCAGCUAUGUUCCAGGCCCUGGACCCGAAUAUGCAGACCCUGCUGUACCUGCUCGCUGGUUUCGGGGCAUUUUGGUACCUCAGCUAG